CGCGAAAAGACAACACGCGCUGCUGAGAGGUGUGAUCAGGCUGAACUGUGAGGGAGCUUUUCUGUUUGCUGUGUUUCCUAAUUUCAGCCUCUAAGAGGGCAGAAAGGCUCUGCUGUCCGCCCACGAUGAAGGCGAUCAGUCCGUUGCUGCCGCUGAGGCGGACACCGUCCCACACACUGGAGCGAGAUCUGGGCGUCUGGAGGAGCAAAGGCGGCGCGGAGGAGCCGCUCGGUCUGCUGUGCAACAUGAACGACUGCUACAGCCGGCUGAAGGAGCUGGUGCCCAGCCUGCCGCAGAACCGGAGCGUCAGCAAGAUGGAGAUCCUGCAGCAUGUCAUCGAUUACAUCCUGGACCUCCAGACCGCGCUGGACUCCAGCUCGGCCUCCGCCGCUCCGCAGCAGCAGGAGCAGGACUGUGUAGCUCCAGAGAGAGCAGUGAUUUCUCUCCACGCUGUCAACGACACGAGCUACUCUCAGUCCAGUAACUGUCCAAGAGAAAUUACCUCAGAUGACCACAUGACUAUCCCUCGCUGAGCCUGAACUGGUGUUUCGGUCAUGGAGCAAAAACAGGACCUUUUUUGUUAUUCCUCUGUGUCCUUUGCCUGGACUUCGUCUUGAAUGACAUGGAUUUCCCUCAAACGGAGAUGAAAAAAAAAAAUGUUCUGUGUGAUUUUUUUAAUCUAUCUUUAUAUUUAUCUACAGGCUGUAUACUUCUUUCUUCCAAAGGAAGAUUUUGUUACAGGACUUACUGAGAUGAAGCAAAAUGAAGAAAUCAACUUUAUUUUUUCUUUAAUGCCUUUUUUUCCUCUUUGUUAAAGUGUAGAGUAUGUGAUUACAGCCUUGGUGUGGAGAGAGCACUUGUAAUAGUGCAGCCCUUCAGGAGCUGAACUCUGAGUGUUACAGCAGGGACUCGGUGAGCUGCCCAGAGCUGUGGCCUUCAGGGAGGGCAGCUUCGCCUGGGCUCCCUCAUUGACCUGCACAUUUUAGUGUUUUCCCUGCUCUAGUGCACCCAGUUAACCUCCUGAAGGGUUAUUGAUGAGCCGAUGAGUUGACUCAGUUGCGUUAAAGCAGGGAAAGCACUGAAAUGUGUAGAGUGUCUACAUGGCCAGGCCUGAGAAACCAGAACUAAAUGGAUGGCAUGGAUGAACAGCUUUUAAAACAGUUCAUCUUGUGCUGUGAGUGCUGUACAGUGAAUCAAUGUUUUUUUCCCUUUCUGCUGGAAUGUGACAUUUGUAAUGCUAUAAAAUAAUUUUAUAAAAGUAAUGUAAAAUUGCACUUUUUAUAUAAAAAUAAAUAUGAUGUAGGUAACGAAA